GUGGGCCAGCGAGCAGUGGGCGAAAGUGCCGGUAUAUAUGCCGCUGAUUGGUACGAUGCAAUCUCAGUGUGCACUCCCGAAGGCUACCAUGAGCACUUCGCAGAUUCUCGUGCUCCUCGCCCUUGUGGCGACGGUGGCUUUGGCCACUGAAAUCAAGAAGGCCGACAGCAAAGAGAAGGCCGUCGACUCAAAGGAUACCAAGAGCAAGCGCGGCCUGGAAUUGAGUCUGGGUCAUGACGGUGGUUUUGGCGGCGGUUUGGGUGGACACGAUUUUGGCGGCUUCGGCGGCGGUGACGGAGGAUUUGGCGGUGGUUUCGGCGGAGGGGGCGGAGGCGGCGGAGGUGACGGUGGACGAAUCUCCGGCAUCACGAUUCAUCGCGAAGUCUCGGUACCGGUUCCGGUACCCUACACCGUCGAGAAGAGCGUACCGGUGCCCGUACAUGUGCCGGUGAAGAUCCCGGUAGACAAUCCGGUACCGUAUCACGUUCCGAAACCUUACCCGGUUCCAGUGGAGAAAACCGUGGCAGUCCCUGUCGAAAAACCCGUUCCGGUACCUUACAAGGUACCCGUUAAAGUGCCCGUCAAGGUGCCUGUUCCCUAUAGCGUUCCCUAUAAAGUACCGUACCCCGUGCACAAGGAAGUGCCGUAUCCCGUCAAAGUUCCGGUCGUCGUCAAGGAAUCGUACCCGGUUCUGGUACACGAAGGCGGUCACGGAGGCGGUUUCGGCGGUGGUAGUUUCGAAGGCGGAUAUGGUGGCGGAUAUGGUGGCGGACAUGAAAUCAGUCUGCACCAUUGACGAUGAUCUGAUGUCAAUUAAUACUAACGAUGCUCUUGUAUAUAAUAAUUGCGGUUCUUUUUUUUACACACGUGCUGUCUUAGCAGAAUAAAUAUUAAAUUAUUAAUA